AUGGCCAACAGAAUUAUCCUGUUGUGCCUCUUGAUUUCGUGUCUAACAGUUUGUUACAUUGAGUGUGGAAGAAGCUCAGGCAGAAGCUCAGGCAGAAGCUCAAGUAGAAGUUCAAGCAGAAGUUCAGGAGGCGGUUGGGGUAAGAGUUGGGGCUCGAGCUCGGGUUCCAAACCAAGUUCGUCUUCAAGUAGUUGGGGAAGUUCUCACCGCUAUCCUUCAUCGGGAUCAGGUCUAUCCGGAUCAAGCUCCAGUUCACAUAGCUAUCCGUCAUCUGGAUCGGGUCUUUCUGGAUCGAGGUCUAGUUCACAUAGCUAUCCAUCAUCUGGAUCGGGACUUUCUGGGUCGGGGUCUAGUUCACAUAGCUAUCCGUCAUCUGGAUCGGGUCUUUCUGGAUCGAGGUCUAAUUCACAUAGCUAUCCGUCAUCAGGGUCUGGCCUUUCUGGAUCAGGAUCAAGCUCCAGUUCGGGAAAUUCCUGGUCAUGGUCAGAUCUCUUUGGAUCGAAAUCGAGUUCAUUAGGAUCAAAAUCGGGAUCACAUAGCUAUCCCUCAUCCGGGUCAGGCCUCUCUGGGUCAGGUUCUGGUUAUGGAGGCACUCACAAGGUUUCUUCGCAUCCAUCUUAUGGCACAAAUGGACAUCGAUAUAGUAACACAUACAAUACUAAUUACUAUUCUACGAGUAACUUACCAUCUUACUACACUGCACCCCGAUACGAGUACGUGCAUGAAUACAGAAAUUCAGACAGCCGCUACGGAGACCUAUUGACUGGAUUAACAUUGUACAACCUUGGCCGGUCACACAGCCAUUAUCAUAGCCAUUACUACUAUGACGACUAUUACAACCGACGCUACACAUCAUCAGGUAAUUCCUACGGAGUAGAAAACAAACCCACUGAAGAGGCUACAUGUUUAAUGAGAGUAAAAGAGAAUGGUAAAUUAGAGGUACUAAAAAUACCGUGUGAAAUCGUUUCCACUUUUACCGAAGAUAGCAAGAAGUUAGCUCCGACCCCAGAUACCAAGGUAAACACAACAGUUUGCACAACUAACAGUACGAUGAUUAACAACACCUUGCCUGUUAACGGUUCAUCAGUUAAUUCCACGUCAACGGCCAACACGACAAUGGUGAAUGUUACCGUAUGCACCACGAACUCGACCGUAUCAGAUCCGUUGACUGUUAAAGGACCUCGUGCCAACGGUAAGAACAUGGAGUGUGAAGUGGAGAUCCAUACUAAGCAGGCUCUCUUCCGUAAUCAUAUUGAUUGUAAGACUUUAAUGUCGUACGCUAAAAUGCCUGAACCAAAGAAGGAUACGGGCAUACUUCCUCCUAGGGAGAAACUGAAGUCUUGGUUAGCGAAACCACCAUGGUGGGUGUCUAUGUUCAUAGCUGUUUAA